AUGCCUACCUUUGAAAGCUUCUACGAUUUCUAUGUUCAAACCCUUCCAACGAUUCUUUUGUAUAGUCUCAUUAUCCUCGACUCCCUUUACUACUAUGUUAUCCCUACAGAAACUAUUGAUCGCGAUCACCUUAUUUUUACCAAUCUCAGUACUUGCAUCUUCAUUGUCGCAGUCAAUUCAAGGAAAGCCUCUUCUAGACGGAUGGCUCAGAUCAACCUCACCGAGCUCCUGGACGCUGAGAUGGCCACCAUCAGUGCGAGAGACAGCGCCGUCAAUCUGGCGGAGCGCACUCCCAUGAAUGUUUGUCAAGCCACAAUUGUGGCCCAAGCCUGUCUCGGUAUUUUAGACCAUGUGAUCAACUAUUCUCAGGCGCUCGGGGCCGCGAUCAAGAGCCUCUCCGAUCAGCAUAAUUGUCGUUGCAUGACUGGCACAUUCGACAAUAUAAAGUGGUCAUUCCAUGCCACGGGUCAACACUGCGAUAGUACCACACAGCAAAAGACCAUUGCCGGUGCUAUUGCCAAAUACAUUCGCAAUGCUGAGCACGGAAAAAUCUGCGGUACUUAG